UACUGAGUAACCAGUUGGUUCUCUCAAAUAGGGGAAAAUUAUUUCUUAUUUGGGCGUCAAAUUGUGUUAAAAAGGAGCAAAGCCAGUUAAAAAGUAGAAUUAAUAGGAGAAAAAACAUUGCAAAAAUGCUGGCUUUAAUCAACAGAAUAUUGGAUUGGUUCAAGAGCAUCUUCUGGAAAGAAGAAAUGGAGCUAACACUAGUGGGCCUGCAGUAUUCGGGGAAGACAACAUUUGUUAAUGUUAUAGCUUCUGGCCAAUUUACAGAAGAUAUGAUUCCUACAGUCGGUUUCAAUAUGCGCCGCAUCACCAAGGGCAAUGUUACAAUAAAGGUGUGGGAUAUUGGUGGUCAACCCAGAUUCCGUUCCAUGUGGGAGAGAUAUUGUCGUGGCGUCAAUGCAAUUGUGUAUAUGGUGGACGCAGCGGAUUUGGAUAAAAUGGAAGCAUCACGCAACGAACUGCACUCAUUAUUAGAAAAGCCGCAAUUAGCAGGUAUACCUGUAUUGGUAUUGGGUAAUAAACGUGAUCUUCCAGGUGCUUUAGACGAAACCGGUCUAAUUGAACGAAUGAAUUUAUCCAGCAUACAAGACAGAGAAAUAUGCUGCUACAGUAUUUCGUGCAAGGAAAAGGAUAACAUCGACAUAACGCUGCAAUGGCUGAUUGCACACUCGAAGAGUCAAAGUCGUUAGAGAAGGCGUUUAGGGUGCCACCAGGAAACCUCUCCAUACGACUAAAAUCUUUCAAAUGCUUGUGAUGUGAUGCUUCUGACGACGAUAGUUGAUUAAGAUGAUGGCAAACGGCGGCAGAUUUAAUGUAGGAUAAUAGACAUUAAGCCAAAGUAAAAAAACAGAAGAAAACUUAAAUCAAUUCAUUAUUCAAAGAUACCUGGAGGAGAGUAUCCGAACUUUUUUUGCAAUGAAGAAAAACAACAACAAUCCAUUUGUGGUCGACCGAACAAAAAAAAACACAAAAAGAAAGAAACAUAAACAUACACACACACACACUUCACACUCGUGUCUAAUAUUAUUAAUUAAUCUCAUGCUUUACAAAAACAAAAAACAACAAAACUUAUAUAAAGGAAAUCAAAAACAACCAAAACCAAACCCCCUACCACCA